GAGCACUAUUUGAAUAACAGGGACGCCAUCUCCAGUUUACUGAAUCGAAGUCUGCUUUUUUUUGCUUCGCUUGCUUCAUUUUUAAAGGCCUUGUGAGAUCAUGGAAGUGCGUCGAAACACCCUGCGUCACAUCACCACCCGGACCAAGGCCACUGCUGGGGCCGAGCGAAGGCCCGUGCUCAGCGAACUCUCCAAUGUCCCCAUCAACGCCAGGACGGGGCAUGCUCUGGGAAAGAAGGCCGAGUCCAAACCCAGCGUGCCGGCAGUUCAGCCAGCUGCCGUGCGGCCCAAGGAGAGGGCCCCAGCCCCAGCACCUGUAGUGCCUGCCCCCGCGCCCGCUCCAGAGGUGGCCGAGGUGCCUGUGGCGGUGGUGCCGCCGUUGCCCCUGGCGAUGAGCCCGGUGCAGGACGUGAGCAUGCGUGAGGUGGAGGAGGAAGAGGAGGAGCUAUGCCAGGCCUUCUCGGAGGCGCUGAUCGAGGACAUCGACGAGGGCGACGCGGACCAGCCCCAACUCUGCUCCGAAUACGUCAAGGAUAUCUACACCUACCUGCGAUCGCUAGAGGAGCAGCAGCCAAUCAGAGCCAAGUACAUGGCCGGCUAUGACAUCAACGAGCGCAUGAGAGCGCUGCUCAUUGAUUGGCUGAUCCAGGUGCACGCCAGAUUCCAGCUGCUGCCGGAGACUCUCUACAUGACUGUAGCCAUCCUGGACCGAUACCUGCAGGAGGAGGCGGUGUCUCGGCGUAAGCUGCAGUUGGUGGGGGUGACGGCGAUGCUGCUGGCCUCCAAGUACGAGGAGAUGUACGCCCCCGAGGUGGGGGACUUCGCCUACAUCACGGACAACGCCUUCAGCCGCCCGCAGAUACGCCAGAUGGAGAUGCUGAUGUUGAGGACGCUCAACUUCCAACUGGGACGCCCACUACCACUGCACUUCCUGAGGAGGGCGUCUAAAGCUGGCAAUUUUGACAUUGCUAAGCACACGCUGGCUAAGUACCUGUUGGAGCUGUCCCUGGUGGACUAUGACAUGGUCCACUACCGGCCCUCAGAGCUGGCCGCCGCGGCCUCCUGCCUCUCACAACUCGUCAUCGACGAACAGGAAUGGACGGCCACCCAGCAGCACUACAGUUGCUAUGACAACGCCCACCUGCUGCCCAUCAUGAAGCACAUGGCCAAGAACGUCGUCAAGGUCAACGAGGGCCUCACCAAACACCUGGCGGUGAAGAAUAAGUAUGCUAGCAGCAAGCUAAUGGGUAUUAGCCAGCUACCGCAGCUCAAGUCGGCCACCAUUAAGGACCUGGCAGCCUCGCUGCUGGCCAACUGAACUCACGCUCAGAGUUGUGGGGUCUUGGCAGCAUCCCUGUUGGCCAACUGAUCCCGCUCCCAGAGUUUGGGCUCCUCUUGCACUUUAAUCUGUCCCCAGCGACACUGCUGAGGGGCCGGUCCUGCUGCUGAAGUUUUAAAAAUGUAUUCUUUUUUUUAUUCUAAUAAGUAGUUUUAUGUAUGUAUAUAGUGGUUUUGACAUGAUUUUUACAACUUUUACCUUCAAUAAAAGGCCUUGCUUUA